AGAAGACCGAGACCCAAGAUCAGACUCGCUACAACAAAGAUAAUUAGAGUGUGUAUCCUAACACAGGAACAAUACUUAACAACCAAUUAUUAUCUUCUCGAGAUGUAAAACAUUAUUCUAACAAUGAUACCGACACAAAUGAAUCCAAAAAUCACCGCGUUAAUCAACCGUAUCUCACUGGAAACACUAUUGAUUUGCAUUUCUUUUACAUUUUUUUUAAAUUUUAUUAAUUAACAAGUGACGUGAAACUCGAGCAGUUAGCAAAAAUGGCAGCAUGGUGCCGAGAAGACAAUGACAUUAGACAUCCUCAUCGCAUGUAUGUGGGCCAGAUGCACCGAAUCACCCGAUCGUAGUUAGUGGUUUCGGGUGGACACUGUUCUUUAAUCUUCAUACCCACGUGAUGACACGUGGAUCACAUUAUAACUUUUGUGAUGCCAGGUUUGGGACCACCAGAUCAGAAACCACAUUUACCACCAGAAUACACAAAACAAUUUUAUCUCCCCAGUUAAGUGGUUUUACAAGACUAAAUCUUCUUCAAGGCAAAGAAAAUCUUCUAGUGAAUGGUGACGUGACCAUGUUUCCACGCUAACGUUAUUAUGGGCUAAGUGCAGGAACUUUUGGUUGAGUUAUGGAUAAGAUAUUCAAUUUAAGUUUAGGAGAAUCCAUAAGGCAAAAGCUUUGUUUCUUCAUAAUUGACAAACUAUCUAGUUAUCUUGGCAAACAAAUAAAUGUAUUAGGUGAAUUAGCAUACAAAGUAUAGCGAACAAAAGUUAAUAAUGGAAUUAUGUUUGGUUAGCAUGGAAAAUUAGUUAUGAUUAGGAAAUGGGGCAUAUGGGUAGAGACACGAGAUGGUGACACGUGUUCAAACAGGGCCACCUUAAAACUCAGUUUCAGUCAUUCGUGUCUUGUUGAACUCCAUCUCUGCUUUCCGCUUAUUCUCUUUGUUCCAAACUCCGACAUAAUAGCCCUCAUUAGUCAUUAGUCAUUAUUAGAAAGUAAAAACUCAACCAUCUUUCUCUCUCUGCUCAACUCAAUCAUGCCUCUCACUUACUAAACAAAAGUACCACACUCCCACUCCUCAACUUUACGCCAAAACCAUGUCGGAUAAUCUCGACGCUUCCGAAAUCUCGCCCAGCACUUCCUCCAGAAGCCUCGGCGAGUUACCGGAAAUCGCCGCGAUACCACUCGGGAUCGAUCUCGUCUCCGCGGCCAGGCGAAAUAUCGCGUUCUUGAGGACCGUCGCGGAUUCCCUGUGGCUCCACCACACGUCCAUUACGCUGGAAGCCAUACGAAGGUAUCAUGAUUUCUGGAUGCCGUUGAUUGCUGAUCUCACGCAACCGGACACUACUUUUCCUUUCAUCCUUCCUCCCCUUGACGUUCACUGGGUUUGGUUCUGUCACACUUUAAACCCCGUUAGUUACAGGGAAUACUGCGAGAGGAGAUUCUCGAAGGUGAUUGGGAGAGCGUGCAUCUUUGACGAAGAGAACAGAGAGUAUGCUUUGAUGCGGUGCAGGGAGAUUUGGAGCAGUACGUACCCGUUUGAGCCGUUUGAAAAUGAGGCCAGUUCGGAUUCUUCGCAGGAUUCUCUUGUUGGAGGGAGUUUGAAGGAGAGUUUGUUUAAUGAAGUUGAAAAACAAAGGUUGUUGUGUUCUAAGUUUGUGGAACCGUACAGGUCUGAGGUGGUUUACUUGAUUGCCGCCAGACAGAGAUACAAGGCUUUCUUGUUUAUGCUACAGAGGUUCGCGCGUGAGUUUUCUUCGCGUUUGGUUCUUACUUCCGACAUUCUCUUAAUGUGGUUGACCCACCAGAGCUACCCAACAGUGUAUGCGGAGGAUUUGAAGGCAUUGGGUGUAGAAGGGGAUCUGCAGAAGGUGGUGACUCUGUCUGAAACGGUGAAGGAAGAGGAGUUUGAAGAAACCAAGAAAUUGUGGGACAGGGCAUUCAAUCAACCUUAUGAGAAAGCUGGUGGAGAGGUGCCCUUCACAUUCCAAGGGGAAGGUGUUAUCCCAAUCAAAUCCCCUGUCUAUUGGGAAGAAUCAGCCACAGAUGUCAAUACAAAAUACAGGUCCAUGCUUCCGAGGUUUUUACUAGAGGUCUGUGUGUUUGUAAGGCUUAAGCCAAGAAUAAGAACAUUGCAUAAGGAUAUAAACCGUGAUUUCCUACGUCUUCGAAUAAUAAGGUGUCAUAGUGAACUAAAGCUGGAUAAAGCCUUCUCCAAUUUCACUAAUGAUUCAUGGAAGAAAGCUUGGCACUUUUACUGUGAGUUCGGGACUAAGGGAGUCAUGAUACAGUAUUGUCGACAUGGUGGUAACUGUCUAAGAGGAAAUAGCCUGCUAGACAGUGUUUCAUUCCGCUGGAAUGAUUUAUUAAGAGCAGAUUCUUUAACAUUGGAAAAGGAAGUUUGUCAACAGGUGAAUGUUGUUACGUCGAUUACCCCACCAGUUCAAGUGCCAUACUUGUUGAAAUGUGUGCCAGAUCGGGUCACUGAUGAUGCUGGGGCGAUGAUAUCUGAUGUGAUUCUGAAGAUGAAUAGUUAUCAUCCACAAGAAGGGCGAUGGUUGUCUCGCACAGUUCUUGAUCAUGCAGGGAGAGUGUGUUUUGUUGUUAGAAUUAGGAUAGGAGGAGGAUUUUGGAGAAGAGGGGGUGAAACUCCUUCAUCUGUAAAAUGGGAAGAUAGGAUUAUAGAGAUACGUGAAGGCUCUUGGUCUUAUGUUGCUGAUUCCAUUGGUAGAGCCCCUGAGAAAGUGGUGGCCACCGCAACACCAAAGGAACCUUCGGAACAAUGUAAAGCUGCAUGGUGCUUUUCAACAGGAGAUGAACUGAUAGUACAGUGGGAUUCAUCACAAUCAGUGUCAGGUCUCACCUUUAGUUUGCUAAAUCAAACAUCUCCUCCUGAGUCAUCGGUACAGUUACUGAGAGGGAGGCGGAUGCAAUAUCAAGUAAAAAAACCAAAGUCAAAGAGAAAAGAUGAAGGAAUGAAAAUGGAGUUAGAGGAGAAAGAAAUUUUAGAAGAGGAAGAUGAGGAGAGUUUUGUAACAGUAGUACGUUUCACAGAAGAUAACCCAGAUGGAAAAGCAACUGCACUUCUAAAUUGGAGGCUGUUGGUUGUUGAAGUAUUGCCAGAAGAAGAUGCAGUGCUGAUGCUUCUGCUUUGCCUUGCAAUACUGAGAAGUGUAUCAGAAAUGAAAAAACAAGACGUGGGAGGGUUGUUGGUGAGGAGAAGAGUGAAGGAAGCAAGGCUUGGAAGCAGGGAUUGGGGUUCUGUGAUGCUCCAUCCAUCUUCGUGGUCCUCAUCCAAUGAUUCAACCUAUCUUCAACCUUGGUAUUGGAAUGCUGGGCUUGUCAUGAAAUCUGAUAGUACAGUAGAUCAGCUCAAAAGGUAUCCAGCAUUAAGUCAAUCACCAGUGGAAGGUAGUGACAAGUUAUACAAGCAUGGAAUUUUAAGUUAAGCCUGUUUUAAAUUCUGGAAAAUGCUAUUACAUCAUUAUAUGCAAAAAAAUAAUUAGCUUGCUUCAGGUUGUUCACAUUUUUGCUUGGAAUUCAAAAUUCCGAGCCCGAAGAGUUUGUUUGGAACAUAACAUAAAUUUAUGUAAAAUAUGUAAAAAAAUAAAAAAUGGUUUGAUUGUCAGAAUUUUGUCCCGAA